CGCAAGAUGUCGAGCUCUGCAAGAGCGGUUUCAGCGGCCGCGUCUGGCCGUGGUAACAGGUCUUCUGUCGCCCCACCGGGCUAUCGGUAUGUACUACCGACUUUGCCAUCAGGCGAAACUAUGAAGGAGUGUCUGUUCUUACAUUGUGACGUUGCCGGGAGACCAUACCGCCUCGAAGACUUCCGUGACCCGCUGCAAGAACUCGGUGUAUUGAAAGACGUGACUGGUAUUGGGCCCUUCCAAAUGACGCAUGUGUGGCUCAUCAAGCUACGAACUCCAGAGGUGAAGGAAGUGCUGGUUAGAGCGGGAGGCCUGGAGGUGAAAGGGCGCUUUUGCGCCGUCAUUGACCCAGUGCAACAAGACAUCACACUCAAAGUGCACUGGGUUCCGUUCCAUGUUACCGGGGAAGCAUUGAAGAAAGCUUUCGACCACUUUGGCGAAGUGAAAGAAGUAAGACAAGAGGAUUGGAAGGUGAGGGGCUUCGAGCAAGCCGAGUCUACCACGCGUAUUGUGCGGAUGACGCUCCGAGAGGACUUAACACCGGACGCUCUGCCCCAUUUGUUCAAGAUCUUUGGUGGCUCUGUGCUGGUUGUCGUUCCCGGGAGAGCUCCGAUUUGCCUGCGGUGUCGACGCAAAGGACACAUUAGAAGAGACUGCAGAGUGCCAAGGUGUUCUGAGUGCCGGGAAUUCGGCCAUGAAGCACAUGAUUGCGUACGUACGUAUGCAAGAGUUACUGGCAGCACGCAACCCGACGACGAAGGUCUGGAAUUGAUGGAAGAGGAGGUAACGGAGAAACUGGCAGCGUCCUCGGAAAGGCCGGUUCAACAGGUGGCAAGUGUCGCAACAAAGGUGGCAACGCCAUCCGCGUCGACACAGGACGCCACAGCAGGAAGAAAGGAGAGAGAAAGAAUAAGGAAUGAAGAAGAGAAGACGCCGCCUGCGCCCGCAGAAACGGACCACGGGUGUGACGCGUUUAACGUGGAGAUGGACGCGGAGCCAGAGACGCCAUAUGAGACGCCGGAUGAGAUGGUCACUGAGGAGCCAGCCGUGCCUUCCAAGAGGCACCGAAGCGAUGCUCCAGAAGAGGAGACGCCGGCUGACAGUGUUCAGCGCCUGGAGCCGCAGUGGAUGGUGGUCCGGUCGACCCGGGCCAAGAAAGGGAAGUCCGCCCCAGCGCAACGGUCAGCGUCGCUCACCCGAGAAGGGCAGGCGACGCAGUGA